CAGAGUGGCACCAUGAGCUCGAUCUCCAGACCUCCUCUGGUGGUGGCGGUGGAUUUGGACGAGGUGCUUGGCUUGUUCGUGGAGACCCUUGCUCGCUUUCACAAUGAGGUGUAUGGAGGCUCCUUGACGGCGGACGAUUUCCACAGUUACGACUUUGUGCACGUGUGGGGGGGCACCCGGGAGGAGGCGAACGCGAAAGUGCUGGCCUUUUUCAAGUCCAGCCAUUUCCAGUUUUGCAUCCAACGAGAGACAGAGGAGUGGGUGCAAAAGCAUUAUCCGGGUAUCUUUACCGGCCUCCACUACGGCAACCACUACUCGGCCACUGGACCCCAACGCUCUAAAGGGGACAUGUGCCAGGCCAUCAAGGCUCAGCUCCUGGUUGACGACUCCCUCCGAUAUGCCCACCAAGUCGCUCAAGACGCUGGCAUUCCAGUCCUCCUCUUUGGAGACUAUGCUUGGAAUCAAGCGGACCCGUCUCUUCCUCCCUCCUCCCUGCCUCCGUCCAUCACCCGUGUCACGCGGUGGGAGGAUGUCCGCGUGCACAUCGAGGCAUUGCUGGCCAGCCAUCGGCAGCAACAUAGAGAGAGAGGUGGUGGUGAGACGUAAGAAAUGUGGAAAAGAGGGAAUAAGCCAAGAUGAAGAGGAAUCAGAAUGGAGGAGGAGAUGUGAGUAUUCAAGGAACUCAGCAAGGAUUUUAAAAGUUUUUCUAUCUUUA